AAAAAUGUCAGAGCGUGUUGCAUGAUCAUUUUGUGUGUCGUGGCUCUGGAAUUUUUCGUUUAGUGAUUUGUAAUUGUAACAAUGAGUGCCGUUGCUGCUGAUAAGUUUUGUGCAGUCUGCGGCGACUCCGCUGCAUUGAUGUGCGAGCGUUGCAUGGAGCCGUAUUGCAACAGAAAUUGUCAAGCCGCGGAUUGGCGCCGCCACAAAUACUCGUGCAUCCCAAUGCCUGUGUUGGUGCCAAAUAUAAAUGCGCAGUGCUUAGAGGAGCAGCAAGUUUCUGCGAAACCACUGGUUUCCAAGCCAAAUCAUGGGGCUAUUCCCAAAUCGAAUCCGAAGCCGAUCAAUAAGGAAGUGAAUACCGUCGACCCGGUAUCUGCAUCGAGUCCAGUCAAGAGCGUUGGAACACCAACAGGUGUGAGCCCUGAGCAACUGUCUUCUGUCUGGCGUGAGACAUUUUUGCCGCCGCUAAACGAUUUCUCCGAGUGCCGCGUGACGCACAUGAAAUCAGAUGGCGUCAUCUGGGUAGUGGAUGUGUCCAAUGUUGAGCUCAUGGAGCAAUUCAACGAGGGCAUGCAGCGUGUCAAGUCAAUGCUUCAGCUAGCCAAAUGUGUCAAGGAGGACUCGCUGGUUGUGGUUCAAGGCGAAAAAAACAUCCAACGUGGACAUGUGAUCUCUGUGGACUCGCAGUCGAAGACUGCAAUGAUCCGUCUGAUCGAUCAUGGGUCUGUGGUCGAUUUACCUUUGCUGGAAGUCUACGAUCCGCUGCCGCGCAUGGCAGAUAUCAAAGCAUUUGCGAUCCAGGUGAAGCUGCUGUCGAACACGGGCGUGCAGAGCAACAAUCAUCUGACGUUGCGCUUCCUGGGCCCCAAAACACAGGAGGGCUUCUAUCCGGUUCAGCUGAAGCCCAAGAUGACAAUUCCGCUAAAUUUUCCGAUUAAGAUGCUGCAGAUGAACUCGGAAGUGACUGUGGUCACGAUCCUUGAAGGUUGUCUGCAUCGCGAUGAGCAGCCAAUUGCCCUGCUCCAAAUAUCUACGAUUGUGCAGAUUAACGCCGCCAUGAGUGAGAAACUGGACGGAAAGCCAAGCCAGCAGCAGCCGAUCUCUGUCCCUCUGCCAUUAGAUACGUGCACAACCGUAUUCUUGGCCACUCGCACCAACCAGGGCUACCGACGCGCUUUUCUGCUGGACGUAAUCGAUGCUCCGCCCACGCGCACUUAUCUGGUGUAUGAGAUGGAUGAGGGUCGCAUCUCCAUCACCACGGACGUGCGUCGCAUUCCCAGCGAGCUGCUCGGUCAUCCCAUUCAGACAUUUGCCAUGAAGCUGAACAACGAAGGGCAACAGGUGCCGCUGAAGGAACUGCUGGAGAGCUGUGGUCCCGAUUUAACAGUCAAACUUCGUUUGGAGAGCAUUCAAGGGCAGGAAAAGGUGCGCAGGGUUGGUGCCGCCUUGCUGUCCAAAGGCAAGCAGAUGGCCGAAGUGGAGCUGAAUACGUUCAUGGGAGAGGUGUCCACCAUGGGCCACAAGUACUGGCGUGAGGCGAUAGAGAACGGCACGUUGGUUCGCAUAACUCACAUUGUCGACUACAAGGAAUUCUUCAUCAGCUCCAUUGAGACCAUGUUUUAUGCAAACCUUUUCAAGCGCAUGGAGAAGAAGUGCAGACCCUUCGGUCCCUCGGAUCAGAUUCUGAUUGGCAGCAUUGUUCUAGUGGCAAGCCCCAAGCUGGGACACUUCCGUGGCACGAUCUGUGGUAUUGAAAACGACUUAUUUAGUGUCCACAACAUUGACACUGGCGCAACGUACCUGGUGGAGAGACAGUUCCUGCGCAUGUCUUGUCGCUUCCUGGAAAACAUGCCCGUGAGCCUGUCGCGCGUCCAACUAAAGUCAGUGUGCGAUAUUCCUGAAUGUGCAGUGAUCCCAAAAAAUGCAGGCUGUGAACUGAUGAAGGAGCUCUUGGCUGAGAACGUCGAAUUUCGUGUCGAAUUCGUUGGGUCAAGCACUCAAUUGGUGGACUUGCAUUUUGGAUCGGGCGAGGCGACUUCGCUGGCCCUACGAAUUCUGCCGCUGAUGUUUACGCCCGUUUCGUUUACAACGCAGGAAGUAGCUGCUGCUAAACCAGCUGCAGUGGCAGUUCCUGCUUCAGUGGCAGCUCCUGCACCAGCGAAAGUUUCUGCUCCUGCAAAAGUUCCUGCUCCGGCAGUUGUACCAAAAGAACUCACGGUCAAGACGCGUCCAGCUGCUUCAGAGAUGUCAAAUGAACUUAUUCCACCCUUGCCGCUGUCGCCCCCAGCUUCCCCCAUUAUCGAGACUAAAGAGCCCCAACAACAAUUCCAACGACACUUUUACAAGGAUGUGCCCAAAAUUCUUAUUCCACUGGGCGAACGGAUCGACGCGUUCCUGCUGAAUGCAUCGGAAUUAUCCAAAAGUGGUUAUAUCACCGCCUGUCACUUUAAAAACGAUGACGAGUCGAUGUACCUUCAGGAUUUGUUUAGUUUAAUUAAUAGCGAAGGCAAGUCGUCGCACCCAAACAUUAAAAGCUAUAUCCCAUGUGUUGGAGAAAUGUGCCUGUCCAUGUUCAGCGAGGACAAUAGCUGGUAUCGUGCCGUCUGCGAGGAGAUAAUCGGCGAUAAGGCUCGAGUUUUAUACUGUGACUUUGGCAACUGGGAGAUCGUUUCCUUUAAAAACCUUAAGCCCAUCAGCUCUCGUCUUGUGCAGGCCAUCAUUGCCACCAAAUGUUACGUAGAGGGUUACGAAAAGUCGCAGAAAUUCAGUCAAUGGGAGGAGCAUAUUAAGACGAACUUGCACGUUUUGUGUCGUGUCAAGGAGGGCCCCGACUCUAAUUCGCGUACCAUUACCAUCCCCGAUCUAGAGAAACUUGUGACACAAAAAACUUAACUCAUUGUCGAGUUUUACAUUAAGACAACAAGAAUCGCGUUCCUUCAUUAUAAUCUCCUAGUAAUAAGAGUAUUUCCGUACACCCAAAGUGUACGGAUCGAGUUUUUUUUGGAAAACAUUCGUUUAUUUUGUUUUGUUUCUCGACUUGGCAGGUCCUGCGUAGACGAUCGUUUAAGAACAUACAUAAAUAAAUAAAUAUUUCGAUAUAGUAUAAAUACAUA